AUCGUCAUUAUCAUCUUUUGCCCGGCAAGCACGUGGGGGGUGCGGCUGUUUGGAAGCGGCUGCUUGCCGGCGUGAAAAUCAUACGUCGUAGACCUGUUUAUUUCGUUGUGAUCACCUCGUGGGGCGUGCUUUGAACCACAGGCUGCAAAGUCCAUCAACGCCUCUCUUUUCAGGUGGCAUGGCGUGGAACGCAUACGGAGGCUUUUGGGUUCCGCUUGCACACCUUCUAUUAUUCAACCUCCUGUUUCUACGCUCCGCUUUGGCGUCUACGGAGCCGUUGGAAAACUAUGGCAGCUGUAGAUACCAAGAUUUCAUCAUGAGAAAGCAGGCUUGUGAACAUAGCUACAAUUUCCUAUCCACGAGAAAUGACAGCGGAUGUUCCCUAAUUCAGGUGUACGUUGACUGCGUAAGCAAUGCCCUGAUCACCACAUCAUGUACAGUUAACCCAUUCUUCAAGGCAUCUGAGACUGUCACCCUGCAAAAGAAAUUGGCCGAGAAAAACCUUACCUGCAAGAUCGAGAGUGAGAUCCUGUCCAUAGGAGGCCACAACAAGGCUUGCCUUCGUGUGAGAGCUGUCAAGCUGUUCCUCCAAUGCGGGGCAAAGUUUCAUAAAAGUUCAGAGAACAAAAAGGUGCCAAAGGCCACCCUGUGCGGACUCCUGAAAACUUACGAAAGAUGCGGAUCAUCUGCACUGGAGGACACAAACUGCACCAAUGACAGUAUCCUGCAAAGUCACAUUCAUUACUUCGUGGACGUUUCGAUGCACAAGUAUGCCUCGAUCUGCAACAAUGUGACAGAUGACCUGAAAUUACCCGUAAAAAGCAAUGUGAUGAUGAUGAGGCAGACGGGAGAGUGCAUGGUAGAAGAAGCGUUGCGGCGCUAUUUCACUUGCGGGUCUAACUUCCUCUGGAAGAUGGUAAUAUGGAAGAGGCACUUCGCAAGGCACAGGACUGAGUACGGACUCCCCAACGUCACGGGCCAGCCCACACAAGCCACGAGGUCGAAAGGUGCUGCAAACACGGAUGAAGACGAACUGUGCACGGCAGUGAAGGAAUUUCAAGAGUGCACUCUGGAAAUCACUCAAAACAAGGAGUGCCCUAACUUUAGUUACCUCAGUGAGAAGAUGCUCACCAUGCAAGACAUCCUCGUGGGCGAGCCAACGAAGAUCGAAUGUCAGUACGCUCCGUUGAACAAGAAUGGACCCUAUCCCUACUUCAGCAGGCAGAACCUUCCACCUCCUGGAUGCUCCUACCGGAAGCUGGUGAAGCUCUUUUCUUACUGCACGGUCAACUUCUUCUCGAGCUUCGCGCUUGCCAAAGACAACACACAGGCAUGCAUGUUUCUGGGUAGACACAACAGUUGUGUACAGCAGGCUCGACGAUCAACUGGUUGCGGAAUGAAAGUGAAGGAGUUGGACGAUUUUGUCUACCUGACUAAUGUCGUACAAGACAAGCAUGCUACCCAAUGCAGAGGUCAAGAAACCAGUAAGUUGGCGCAAAAGAAAGACAUAGCAGGGGUACCUAUGCUGUGUAAGAAGAAAACCCUGCUCCAGAGAUACUUUUUAUGCAGUUUCGACUUCCAGAACCAGCAGGCACUAAAGAAGGACCAAUGCCAAGCACUGGAACAAUUCAAUAAAUGCUUCUACGAUGCCAAAGCGGACACUCAGUGCACAUACACGGACGACCAGUUCAUAUCGAUUAUGCAAAUGCAAACUGAACUUAUGACUGAAACCGUGAAGUCGCAUUGCACCCGCCAAACAGCAGACCUAAAUGUAUUAUUGAAGUGUUCCCAGGCUGACGCACUGGAAAAGAUGUUGCUUUGUGGGCUAUCCUACAAUAGGCUUUUGGAAGAUCUGAAGAAACAGGGCGAAUACUAUGUCACAGCCACAACAUGCAGUUACCUGGCUGAGUACAAGCACUGCAUGAUCGAAGUCGAAAGAACAACUGGGUGCACCAAGUCGCAGCUUUACAAGCACACAGCUACAGUACUUAGCUUUUGGACCUGGAAUGUUGUUCCGCUGUGUGAAAGUGCAGCACCACUUCUCCUAACAGAUGCAGACCCAAAAUGUGACUUCCCAAAAACGCUGCUGAAGGGUCUCAAGUGCGCUAUUGACUUCCAGACCUUCGCAGAACAGACAACUUGGGACACGAUGACAUCAACGCAGUCAUGCUCGUCCUUGGAAACAUUGGAUCAAUGCAUGACGAAGGCCCUUCACGUCCGCCAGUGCAAACGCAGCUUGAGUGCGAAAUCACAAGUUUCUAUUUUCAAAGCCCUGCUGACGUCAGAAUACAAGUUAUCCUGUACGAGCAAGCCCUACCAAGCUGCUCCUCCACCUUCUUUCCGUAAGUACGAUGACUACGAAGAGCUGUCAGAUGACUACUACUACUUUGGCGACGAGAUUGUCCGUACUCGGCAGCCCAACAAGUUGAAGGGAAUUGUUGACAACAACGAACACCACGUCAACCCGAAGCAGAUGGUGCACGCGUCACAAGCAGUUCGGGAGUCGUACGCGCAAGGAGCACGUCAACAGGGACAACGAGACAAUGGCAUACAUUGGAAGCAGUUCAUUGAAGAAGCUCGACUUCGCUUCAUGGGGGUGUCCUUACCUCCAGGGCAUACCUUUGGUUUAGCGGUGUCCUCCAACACCAGCAAUGAUCAGUUAGCUCUGAAUGAUACUGCUUUAGGGAAGACAAAAUCUUGGCUUCACGAAGGGGACAGCCAAUGCGACAAGAAGCGGUACGAGGAAGAAAUUGUUCUCUGCAAGCGCUAUAUAAUCGACAACACCGAGAAAUUGGGUCAUAACUUACUGUCCAUGAAAGACCAAAGGACUUUGCAAGACAAUAUGUGCAAGUUGGCAGAACACUAUCACGUAUGCAUGAGCGAGGCGGCCAGGCGGAACAGAUGUUUGGACAUCUUGGCGCAGACUCCACAGAAGGUGAAGAUGCAACUGAUUGAACUGAACCUGGACAUGUGCAUAUCUGCGGGUGCCUUGCCGAUUUCCAGCAUCCUGGUGUUGGCGCUAAGUCUGGUUAUACUCCACUUCUAGGGCCUUGCAUGCUGCGUCGUUCUGUAUUUAAAAGAAUAUACACACUCGCACUAG